AUGACACGGCAUGGCCUCUCCUUGCCUCUGGCCGUUCCGGCUCCAGCGGUGCUGCAGCUGCUGUGGGGUGGCUCCGGCUUUUCUUGUAAUGUUCAGCAGGGGAGGAUACACGGCCUGGCCUCUCCUCGCCUCCGGCCGUUCCGGUUCCAGCGGUGCUGCAACUGCUGUGGGGUGGCUCCAGCAAUUCUUGUAAUGAUCAUAUGGGUUGACGGCAGGUUGUUCUACGUGGAGGAGUUGUGUUGUGUCAGCAGCUGGGGAAGGGAGGGUUCUGUCCCGAGGAGGAGGUCGCUGGCCGGCUGCUUGCUUUGGUAUGUCCGUGGCGACCUUUGCAUGGCCCAGCGGUGGUGCUACGGUGGUGGUGGCGGCUGCCUGUGUGUUAUACAUACUGUUUGGGAUGUACGGAUUCUUGUAGUGUUUGAGUGGUCCUAAGAUUGGAACGGCCACAUCUUGUUGUAAUUAUAACUGCAGGUUGUGCGAUUUUUUGUUGAUAUGGCUUGUAUCGGUCAGUAGUGCUGAGCAAAACAUGUGAUUUAUCAGUUAUUGUGCUGUUUGACCUGAAAUAUAUGUUGAGAAAUUUAGUGCGGGUCAUGACAAGAUUUUUCUUGAACUUGCUGAUGAUCA